AUGGCCGAGUGGUUAAGGCGAAGGAUGCAGGUUCCUUUGGGCUCUGCCCGCGCAGGUUCGAACCCUGCUCGUGUCGCCAAUUCUUUUUUGGUUUUUUGUUUAUAG